UAUUUGCCGAGGCAAUAUGAUAUUAUUUAAUUAAACGAAGAAGGAAGUUGGCGGCUUUGUCUCUUCCAUCGCAUGAUACAGCCGCUGUCCAAUCCGCGGUACUGCUGGCUUCACUCAAGCCACAACAGCUAAACACACAAAAACAAACCAGCUUUUGCAUUUUGACUUUUCCCCCCCCCCAACCUACACAUAUUCGUGUUCUCGGAGAAGGACGCUGGGAUGGAGGCGGUGCACACUCAAGGCAUUUUGUUCGCCGAAACCCUCCAAGAGAGGGCGAUGAGUCAGGAACAAUUAUGGCUGGUCGUCACUCAUAUGGGAGAUCCCAAGGCAGCCUUCCUGCUCCUCUUCCCCUUCACCUACUUCGUCAGCAGGCGAGCUGGAGUGGCGGUGCUCUGGGUGGCAGCCGUUUCGGAGUGGUUGAACCUGGUGUUUAAAUGGAUACUGUUUGGCGAAAGGCCGUUCUGGUGGAUUGGUGAAUCAGGCCUCUUCGUCAACAAGCAGCCCAAAGUUCACCAGUUUUCCUCCACCUGUGAAACUGGACCAGGCAGUCCGUCUGGACAUGCGAUGGUGACGGCAGCGGUCUGGUGGGUCGUGGUGUCCUCGCUGGGUUCGUUUCUCUACUCUCGUACUCACAGCGUGGUGUUGUCAGUCUCGCCCUACCUGUUCUAUGUGUCGAUGCUAUUGGCAAUCGGACUCUCCCGGAUCUUCAUCCUCGCCCACUUCCCUCACCAGGUCGUCGCCGGCUCCAUUACUGGUUUCAUUCUGGGGGUUGUCCUGAACCGCAGGGUCCCAGAAGGUCGCCCCCUGCUGUUCUUCUUUGGCUGCAGCGUUGCUAUGGUGCUCGGUGCUCUGCUGCUGCACGCUGCACUACAGCAGCUGGGAAUCGAUCUCUCCUGGUCUAUCGCUUUGGCCAAGAAGUGGUGCAGCCGCCCCGAGUGGAUUCGUCUGGACACGGCCCCGUUCUCUUCCCUGACCCGAGACUGCGGGGCCCUCCUCGGUCUGGGACUGGCCCAGUACUGGAAGCCUGGCGGAUGGUCUCUGCCCUGGGCUCCGAGGGCUUUGUCUCUGGCCAUUUCGGCAAUGGGGCUUUACCACGUGAACCGCCUGCCGCUGCCGGUCCAACCGCAGGGCCUCUUCUACGGCCUCUUCUUCGUCAAAUACGUCAUCGUGCCUCAGGUCGUCAUGGUGCUCGUUCCUGGAGUGGUUCACCUCUUCACACACAGGAAGAAGAAGGACUAGAGGUCAGGUGUUUUACACACCUUUGAGGACGAUAGCUUUCUUCUGACGGAACAGUUACUGUAAACACUUUUAAUGUCUGAUGGAUUUCAUGGUUUCAUUUCACUGUUGUUUUUUAAAUCCCUGCGGAAUCACCUGGUAGUUUUCUUUCCUUUGGUCUUUCUUGAGGCUACAUGGGGGCGAAUGUAUCUGAUUUUUGAUUUACUGCACAGCUGCAGGAAAUAUAUGUAUUGUAAUAGUAAGGGAAAAAGUGCAGAUUGAGGUUUUGUGCAUCAAAAAAAAACUAUGACACAUGAUUGUGAAAGUCUUGUUGGGUCAGGAGCUCCAGUAGCUGUUCAUCGCUUGUACUCAUUUUACUCACAUUUGUUUAUUAGACCCUCAUCAGGUAAUUACGACGGAGUAUAAGGGGCCACAUUUAGAGAGAAAAAAUUUGAGAACGAAGUCGUAAAUUAAUGAGAAUAAAGUCGUACUAUUACAAAAAAAAGAAAGAAAAAAAUCAUAAUAUUGCAUUAAAAAAGUCAUAAUAUUACAGGAAUAAAGUUGGCUAUGAAUUGAGAAUGAAAAUGGGUUAUGAUCAUUAAACAUAAUAACUUAAAGCCUUGUUUCCAAAAGUAAAAUUCUGAGUAAUUCACCAGUUUAAAAAUGUUAAAAAGGUCACAGAUGUAAUCAUACAUGAACAUUUUACAGUAGAAAAAAAACAUUAAUUAAAACCUUAGAACUCCUACAAUCAAUACUUUGUAUAUUAACACAGGAUUAUAUUAACAUCUUUACAGUUUCAGAUGCAGUGUUGUCAACAGCAACAGGCUGCUGUUCACUUCCUGCUCAGCAUCAAGCAGCAAACUUAUUGUUGAGGUUAAGUGUUUUUUAAGUUAAUAUUGGUUUGUCUGUUGUUUUACGUUUAAGUUCUUCAUAAAAACAUUAAUGUGGCGAUGUGAGUGUUUGUUCUGUUGCCACCAAGUGAACCGAGAAAAAAAGAACUGCAGCUUUAAAACAUUGUAAGCUUUACGAAUAUUUUAUAUUUUCACCAUUUUGUUGAAUUGCUUUAUAUUGUAGAAGUUACUGUUGUGUUUUACGUGUUCACGUGGACCAAAAUCAUCCAAAAAUUACCAAGUGACAUUUCCAUGUUAAAUGCACCUAAUGAGCAAAAUAAAAUUACUGUUUCAGUUGGUAA